ACUGUCAGUAUAUUUUCCCAAAUGUCAAUCAUUGACAUAUUUUCGCCUACUUUGUGUCUUUGUCAUUGUGUUUUCACUGUGCAUUUCAAUAUUUUCUUGUUGAAUCAAGUAAUUUUUAUCCAUAUAAAGAAAGUAUAGAAAGAUUUUUUACUAAUAUGACUUCAACAAUGCCUAACGACAGGAAUGAAGAGCGCCGUCGCCGUGUAUUGUUGGGACCUCUGCCAGCUGGUUUUCUCCGUGCAGAUGGCACAACAGACAAUGUGGACGCUGACUAUCAGGCAGCGUUGGCCCUACAACAGCAAUUGUGUGGAGGUUCGGUGCCUGCAGCAGGACCCCCGCUUACAGCCAGGCUUAGCAUCACCAUAGCACAAGCGAAACUUGUCAAGAACUAUGGUCUCACUCGGAUGGACCCGUAUGUCCGCCUUCGCGUGGGCCACUGUAUAUACGAGACGCACACCGAUCCCAGCGGUGGGAAGACGCCGCGUUGGAACAAAGUUAUCCAUUGCCUGCUGCCGCCCGGUGUGAACUCCAUAUACCUGGAGAUCUUCGACGAGUGCUCCUUCACCAUGGACGAGCUGAUCGCGUGGGCGCACAUUAACAUCCCGCAAGCCGUGCUGAAUGGCGAAACACACGAAGAUUGGUAUCCAUUGAAUGGUAAACAAGGUGACGGCCUCGAGGGCAUGAUCAACUUGGUUCUGAGCUAUUCGGUGGGUCCAGCGGCGGUGGCGACGUUCCCACCGGUGCUGGUGGUGCCGAGCACGGGCAUGGGGUACGCCGCCAUGCCGAUGUACGCGGCGCCGCACAUGCCACCGCAACAACCGCAAAUGCAGCAACCGCCGCAGCCACAGCAACCGCCAAUCACCGCCGAGCAGUUGCAACAGAUCGAAGAAAUGUUUCCGAGCAUCGAUAAAGAAGUAAUCAAGUCGGUAUUAGAAGCGAACCGCGGCAACAAGGACGCCACGAUCAACUCACUGCUGCAGAUGUCUGAAUAACUGUAGUAAUUGAACCAUGGGUCUAUUCGAACGAUCUCGAACAGUAUAAUAAGGUAAACUCACCCGAAGCUGACACUACACCGAUUGGCAUUUGAGACUUUUUAACUUUAAUAAAAUCUGUUCCAUAUUUUCGAGUAUUUUUUUUAGGCAAUUAAAUUCUACUAAAAAUAUGAUAUUGAUAAUUAUUAAUGUUAAAAAGUACAAGGGGCUAAUACUUGGUGUAGUGUCAAUGUUUACUUUACCCUAAUAUGAAAUGAUGUAACGCGACCAAAUAUAAAAUCUUGCAGCAAAGGAAUUAAGUUAACUCAGCUGUCUUAUACCUUAUUUGGUUAUCUCGAAUAAGUUCAAUACCCAUAGAACAGGUAAUUGUAGGUAGGUCACAGAAUAGACCCUUUAAAAUCUCAUGACAAGAACUAAUUCUGAAGUGUCCAUAAAAAUAAAGAUCGACACCUCCCACGUAAGUUGUACCCCCAAAAUCCCAAUUUUACGGUAGAACAUUUUAAAGAUUGAAAUUGGACGAACUACUUUACAAUUAGUACUAAAAUUACAACAACAUACGUCUGACAAAUCCUUAAAAAAAUCGUGUUUUCGUUAUUUUUUCACUUUGUAUGCAAAAUUAAUGCAAUUUAGGAUAGUUUUCAAUAAAAACGUUAACAUCUUUGUGGCAUAUAACUCACGUGGGAAGUAUCGAGAUCCUCAUAACAGUAUAUUUAUUGUUUAUUUGUACAAUAUCUCUCAGUAAGAUGUCUUGAUCCUUUCAUCAGCCUGGUUCUACAAUCUUGUCGUUACUGGUAGUAUUUUUGUAGAUGAUUAAUGGUUAUUUACACAUUUAUUAAAUUCUAUGAUAUUGACACAACCAUUGUAGUGCCUUCAGAAUUAGUUCCAAAAUUUUUAUUCUACAUAGCUUACUGAGCUUCACAUAAUGGCAUUCCCUAAAUAAUUGUAUAUAAGUCUAUGAAAUCGCAGGAGCACGGUCAAAACUUAUGAUUGUUUAAAUUUUCAAAUAUUGGAUUAAAAUUAAUGAACUUGCACGCUUGUGUAUAUUACUAGAUCUUAUUAUAUGCGGAAAAUAAUCUUUUGAUGUGCGAUUCAAUUUAUUAAAAUUAUACAUUUUUGACAAUAUGACACCGCAAAAAGCGAUUUUUGUCGAUAUCCUUACAACGAUUUGACGCAAUUAUUCGUCAAAAGUAAAAGUAUGCUAGUGAUAGCUUCUCGAUGCCCGAAUACUUUUUAUUUCUUAUAAAAAAGAAUAUUGAAAAUAUAUAGUCUAUGAGAUUAGGUUUUUUCUUUAAAAGGUUAUAUCCACAAUGUAAAAAAAUAGGUGCCUAACAUAUUUUGUUGUUUUUUUUUUUCAUAUAAUUCAGUAUUUUACAUGUGUUUUAGACAGUCGUAGAUUCUAUGAUAAUGUACUAUCUAUAGGAAACAUAAGUCACGAAAACAAAAUAUAGUCAACUAUUUUCCUUUGUUUUGCUCAAUUUUGUUAUGUUUAUUUGUUUACAAUUAUUGGCAACCCCAUCUUUAUUCAGUGGCAACAUUGUUAUUCCAAUGUAUUGAGGUGCGCAAUCAUUAUAGAUUAGUAUUAUGAUGUAUUCAUAGUUUUUUUUAUCGACUUUAUUAUAAUAUAAGGAAGGACACGGCACAGUAGAUUUAUCAAAUCGUAUUCACAUGUAGACAAACUGCAAAUUUAAUUUUUUGGGUCAUGUAGAACUGGUAUUAUAAUAUAUCCAAUAAAUAAUAUUCAAAAUAAAAAAAAAACGAAAAUACAAUAUAUUCGUUGUAAAAUAAGAAAUAUCACGGUACGUAUAUAACAUAUACAUGCAAUCUAGAAUAUCAGUUUUAUAUGACGCCUAAGCUUUGUUACAACUUACUGUAGAUUAUGAAUUAAAAUUCUGCCUUACAGUUAUUAUAAAUUUUAACAGAACAGAAUUACGUUCGUUAUCUCUUUAGAUGUAUACACAAUGUUUUAAAACAAUAGCGUAUGUCCAAAUCGAUCGCCCGACAGCUUACCAGCUAAAUUUUGUGCCAAAUAAUUUGCCAUCUACGCGACGUUUUGCUUACAAAAAUAUUGUAUUAUUGUUAUAUUUAUUUGUAAUUUUACAUUGUAUAAAUAUAAUAAAUUAUUAACUAUAGUA